AUGAGCCCGCACCAGGUCGGCUUUUGUUACCUUCAGAGCGCGGUUGGGAAGAGCAUUGAAAGUAACCCGUCCUCGCAGAAGACGUGGAAACCACACUGGUUCUACGCCUCGAGUGCAUGGGAGUUUGCUGAAGGGGUGGAGCCGAGGCAAUCUAGGGUACAGAGGCGCUUUAGAAUGCCAGGCUGUUAUCUAAUAGGUCUGGUGGUUCUUGCAGUUGAGUUGGACCGAGCCGAGCUGUCUGCCGUCGAGCAAAAACAAGUGACCGUGGUGCUCGCCUUGCCUAGUACCGAGAGAGCCGCGGAUAGGCUGCUUGCCGACGAAGGUUUAGUCAGCUCUGUAGCGAUGAGGCCGAGUUGGAAUGACCCUGCGAUGCAGGCGAGGCUAAUGAAGAUAGCCAAGGGUUCAAGUGGUGGGUCGGCUGCAGGUAGGCCUCAUCAUUUGGCCCACGGGCUCAUGGGCCGUUAG